AUGGCCGACCCGUUAACGGUCGGCACAAACUCCAUUUCUACCACAACCUGUGCUAGCUCACUCUUGGUUACAAAAGCACUGUCCUGCAUGUAUACUAAUGCACAAGGCCUCAUAAGUAAGUUGGUAGAACUCCGUCACCGUUUGGCUUCGGAGCCUCGAGACAUCAUAAUGAUCACCGAAACCUGGCUGAGCGGCGAAAUCACAGCCGCUGAGAUUGCCAUACCGGGUAUGUCACUUCUCCGGAACGACAGAACCGGCAAGGGCGGUGGCGUGCUCAUUUAUUUCCGAACGAACCUUCGUUGUGAGCUCAUAGCCGAUCCCCAGACUUGUGUCACCGACGUCCUUUGGUGCAAACUGUGGUUGGAACGCAACGACGUAUGCCUUCUCUCUGUGGUUUACCGACCACCGAAAUCCACUCCGGAAAGGGACAACAGACUUCUCUCCGCUUUUCGCUCCGUGCUUAAUCAGAAGUACAGCCACAUCCUCGUUGCAGGAGAUUUCAACACCCAUGACUUGGAAAAUCCAGCAUCCGAGACAGAGGUGUUCAAGGCAUAUUUGCAAGAGCUACUCUCUAGCACCUUCUUGUAUAACCACGUCACCGUUCCAACCAGGUUCAGAACAGGAAACAACUCAUCGAUAUUAGAUCUAGUGCUCACUAACGAAGAGCUCAUGGUCGGUGGACUAAAGGUGUGCAGUCCUUUGGGCUGUAGCGAUCACGUGACUUUGCAGUUCGAUCACAUCUGCUACGCCAAAUAUCCAGCUGCGGAGCUCGAAGCGAGGCAAUCUGUUACCCAUUACCACGUUCUGUCUGCUCUAGUUGAGAAUACCAGUUGGACGUUUCUAGCUAACUGCACCCCAGAACUAGCCUGGGAGACAUUUGCGAACACCAUCACGUCAAUAGUCAUAGAAGCCUCAACACCAAAAGUUUCCCAACAUCCCUUCACAGCGAAAUCAUUUUUGCGAAGCCGGAUGCGAAAAUGCAUGACUCUAAGGGAUCGGGCAUGGCGCACGUAUAAAAGCAACCCCAGUGCAGAAAACUGGACGGAAUACGUUUCGCAUCGCAACUACUGUGUGCUUUUGGUUCGCGAAGACAAGAGAACGCAUCAGCAGGAGCUAGCCAAACGAUUCUGUUCGAACAAAAAGCUUCUUUACAAACAUGUGAAUGGACUUCGCAAGGUGAAACUGGGAAUCCCACCACUUAAUACGACCAAUGGGUAUACACAUACUGCGAAAGAGGCGGCCAACGCAUUACGGGCCCAGUACUCCCCAAUCUUCCAAGGUGUACAAGCCUCGACGUAUAUUCCGCCACUAGUUAUUCCACCGCCCGUUUUAUCCAACGUCACGUUCACUGCAGAAAUGUUGCUGCAAAAGCUGCUAUCCUUGCGUCCACACAGCUCUCCCGGGGCCGAUAACAUUCACCCGAAAACAUUACAGGUAGCUGCCAUCCACUUGGCCGAACCACUAGCUGCAUUUUUUCAGCGCUGUUUCGAUGAGAACAUCGUACCUUCGAGGUGGAAACAAGGUGUAAUAACGCCCAUAUACAAAGCAGGAAGUCGAUCGGAUCCUGUCAAUUACCGCCCCGUAACGCUUCUGCCUGUGAUCGCCAAAGUCAUGGAAGCGGUGAUAGCAGAUGCGUUAAUGGGAUACUUGGAAAACUACGGCAUAAUUGCGCCAGAACAGCAUGGGUUUCGUCAACAUCGUUCAUGUACGACGAAUCUGCUGAUAGCUCGUGACAACUGGACCGAGACUGUCGAUGAGGGAACAGGAGUCGAUGUUGCAUUCUUGGACUUUUCGAAAGCCUUCGAUCGCCUGGAUCAUCGAAUCCUGCUCAUUAAACUCCAACAGUACGGUAUCGGAGACCCGUUGUUAGGAUGGAUCGGUAACUUUCUCUCUGAACGGCAGUUAGUAGUUAGAGUUCGAUCAUCCUUUUCCGAUCCGAUUCGAGUGGGAUGCGGCGUACCGCAGGGUUCGGUACUUGGGCCUCGUUUGUUCCUGCUUUUCAUUAACGAUCUAGUAAGAGUUAUUACGUCGAAAUUCUUACUCUUCGCGGACGACCUCAAGGUUUGGCGGGCGAUAAAACGAUCGGACGACCAUGAAGUCCUACAGCGUGACUUGAAUGAGGCCUGGAAUUGGUCGGUGAGAAACGCCCUCCCGUUUAAUGUGGACAAAUGUCGCGUUGUUCAUAUCCGCCAUCGACAAGUCCACGUCUACAAGCUUGGGGCACACGAUCUGAAGACCACCACUCAGGAACGCGACUUGGGUGUGCUGGUACAGGAAGACCUCGGGUGUUCCAAACAGUCAGAUUCCGCUUCUAAAAGGGGCAACCAGCACGUUGGACUCCUGCGAAGAGCAUUCGGAAUUUUGGAUCCAUCCAUCUUCUCUUUGAUGCUGAAUGCCUACGUGCGUCCUCACGUCGAAUAUGCAAUCCAGGCCUGGCAACCCUGGCUAAAACGUGACCUUGCAGCGCUUGAGACCCCACAGCGUCGAGCAAGGAAAACCGUCAAGGGCUUGCGCCACACUCCUUACCAGGAACGACUGGAGAUACUCGGAGUGUUCAGCGGACGGUACCGGCGACUUCGUGGAGACCUCAUACUAGUGUACCAGAUAUUGAGCGAUCCCAGUCACGUAUGCCGCCACCUCUUGAAGCUCAGCCCGAAUACUCACCUUCGCGGUAACAGUUUAAAGCUGAGCCAACAGUACAGUCGUCUAGACUGUCGGAAAACCUAUUUCUCCCUCCGGGUCUGCGGGCCCUGGAACGCCCUUCCAAACUCAGUAGUUUGUGCCCCCACAUUAGAUACGUUUAAAAAACGAUUGGACGUCGCACUGAGCGCCCUGCGCUUUGUUUUAUGA